AUGAAAAAUAGUGGAGCAAGGCCGGUCGGGACAGCACCAUUACCCGAAGCCCAUGAUGUGGAAAGGAAAGAUCCCAAAGAAACCUACUACGCCCAAGACAACAGGAAACCAUACGGUCAAGGCCGUGGUGGGUACAGGGGUCGUAGGCGUGACAAUCAUAACGGUAGAGGUAGCUACUCAACCGGCCGAAGUGGAAACCACAAUAACCGUGGUCGUGGUUCCAAUUACGGUCGGGGUCGAGGGAGUUAUGGCCGUGGACGAGGUGGCAUAUCCAAACCAUCUUACACGUCCAAGUCCUUAUGUCACAGAUGCGGGAUGGACAAUCAUUGGGCCAAGAACUGUAGAACUCCAAAGCACUUGUGCGAACUCUAUCAAGAGAGUAUCAAGAACAAGAACCCGGAGGCAAUAUGA